GCCGUGUCCCCCGAGCAGAUGGGUGACUUUCCUUAGAAAAAGACGCCAUGGAGCGCUACUGGGUGUCACACCCUCAGGAAGUUUUCGUGCCCUGCACCUGCGAAGCAGACGGGGACCAGGUCCGCUUCUUGGAGUUGGACACCGGCCGCGCAGUGCCAACUGCUGCCAACCAGCCGCUGGCGUCGCUGCCAAAGGUGCACGAAGCGCAGCUGCAGGGGGCGGGCAAUGUUUGCGAGCUGGUGGUGGUGGACAAUGCCGCGGUGCUGCACACCGUGCGCACGAGAUACCGGCGCUCGGACAUCUAUACGUUUGUGUCCAAGAUGCUGAUCGCGGUGAACCCAUUCAAGGAGCUGGACGUGUACUCCAAGGAGAAGUUGCAGGAAUACCUCGGGGCUCAGAGCGUCAUGGACCUGCCGCCCCAUAUCUACGCCCUGGGCCGGCAUGCGGACCAGGGCCUGCAGCAGAACCGCAGGAGCCAGGUUGUGCUCAUCAGCGGAGAAUCUGGCGCUGGCAAGACGGAGUCUGCCAAGUUGGUGAUGUCCUACAUCUCCGAGGCGCUGGGCAGUUCCAGGCAUAGCUGGCGCAGGGCCAGCACUAGAUACUCCAUCAGUGCGGAGAAGAACAUGACGGAGCGCAGGAAGAGCCGGUACCUGGUGACGGAGAUGGAACAGGGGAAGGCCAGCAUCCAGGACAAGAUCAUUCAGACCAAUCCGAUUUUGGAAGCUUUUGGCAACGCCAUGACUGUCCGGAACAAUAACUCAUCUCGCUUCGGCAAAUGGACACAGAUGAUGAUCUCCGGCAAGCACACCAUCGAGGGCUGUUCGGUGACCGACUACCUCCUGGAAGUGACGCGGGUGUGCAGCCGAGGCGACAAGGAGCGGAACUACCACAUCUUCUUCCAGCUCCUUCAGGCGCGGUCGGAGGAGGAUCUCAAGGACCUGGCCAUCCGAGCGCCCAAGGACUACAGCUACAUCGCGGGCAGCCAAGUCCAGGCCCCGGGCAUCGACGACGCGCGGUGCUUCCUGGAGCUGAAAGAGGCCUUCAGGGCCCUGGACUUCGAGCCGGAGGUCCAGAAGGACAUCUUCCAGGUGGUGGUGGCGAUCCUGGAGCUGGGGAACCUAGAGUUCCAGGGGGAGGAGGCGGAGCUGAAGAGUUCCCCCGACGUCGUGGCCAAGGCUGCGCAGAUGCUGGCCAUCGCCCCUGAUGCGCUGAGCAGCAUGUUGCUCAGGCAGCGGCGGAAGGUGGGCCCGGAGGUGGUGGAGUCCAAGCGGAGCACCGCGCAGGCAAAGGCAACGAGGGACACCUUCGCCAGGAUGCUGUACGGCCGGACCUUCAAGUGGCUCAUCGAGAAGUUGAACUCGAGGCUCUUGCAGAACGCCACCAGCGAGGUCUUCUUCGGUGUCUUGGACAUCGCAGGCUUCGAGAGCUUUGAGCACAACAGCCUCGAGCAGCUGUUCAUCAACCUCAGCAACGAGAUUUUGCAGAAGCACUUCAACGAGCACUUCUUCACCAUGGAGCUUCAGGAGUACGAGGCGGAGGGCAUCUCGGUUGGGGUGGACGUGAAGUACCAGGACAACACCGACAUUGUGAGCCUCAUCAACGCCAAGGGGGGCAUCUUGUCGAUCCUGGACGACGAGGCGCUGAUCCCCAAGACGACGGACCAGACCUUUGCGUCCAAAGUGACCAAGGCCCACGGCAGCCAUCCGCGGAUGGUGAAGAGCAAGAUGGGGGGCGACGUGAAGUUUGGCAUCAAGCACUUCGCCGGGGAGGUGACCUAUGGGGUGGCCGGAUUCUUGGAGAAGAACGUGGCGAAGCUGCCUGAGGAGGCUGCGACUCUGCUGGCCUCCUCCUCCUCGCCCGUUCUGCAGGAGAUCGGGAAGAAGGUGAUGGAGGAGGCGGAGUCUGAGAAGAACAGCCGGGGGCGGAAGGCGAAGACAGUGAGCUCAGGCUUCCGGCAGUCUUUGGAGGACCUGAUGAAGACGGUGGAGUCGGCGGAGCCACACUUCAUCCGGUGCUUGAAGCCUAACGCGGCCAAGGCGCCGGACAACUUCGAGUCCAAGUACACCUACGAGCAGAUGCUCUACAGCGGCAUCUUCGAGGCGGUGCGGAUCCGGCAGAGCGGCUUCCCCAUGCGGUUACCCCACGCCGAGUUCCUGGAGCGCUACAAGCGCCUGCUGCCGGUGGACCAGUGGCACCUGCUGGUGGGCAAGGAUCAGGUCCCUUUUGAGGAGAAGCUCCAGCUGGUGCUUGUGGCGUGCAAAGCGAGCGAGGAGGAGAAGUCGGGGCUAGUGCUGGGCAAGAGUAAGGUCUUUGGGCGAGCGACUACCAUGAACCAUUUGGAGGAGCUGAGACACCAGGCACUAGAGCUGGAGAAGCAACAGCAGCAAGCGGCCCGUGAGGAGCUGGCGGCUGCCAUCAAGGGCCGGGAUCUGCAAGCCCUCAAGGCGGCCAUGGUGCGAGGCGAGGUGCUAAACCUGGAGGGCCAGCUGAUGAAGGAGGCAGAGGCGGCCCUGGAGCUCGAGGAGAAGCGCGCCCAGGUGGUGAAAGACCUGGAGGAGGCCAUCGAGCUGUGCGAGGUGCCGCGGCUGCGAGCCUGCAUCAAGCGGGCCGAGGAGUUUCAGCUGACGCACCCCGAGGACACGGCGCUGGUGCAGAAGGCCAUCACCACCAUGCAGCGGGAGCUGUGGCCGCAGGCGCGGCAGGGCCUCGCCGCGGCGCUGCGGAGCCGGGAGGUGGGCCAGCUGCGGGAGGCACUCCGCGAGGCGGAGCUCAUCAACAUGGCCCCGGAGGAGAUGCAGCCGGCGAGGCAGGCGCUGGAGGAGGAAGAGCACAAGGCAGCGGCCCGGGAGCUGCUGGCGGAGGCCAAGCAGGGCUCGCCGGAUGCGGCGAAGCUGCAGCAGGCCAUCGCGCAGGCCGAGAAGGCCGGCCUCAGCGAGGCCGAGGUGACGGAGGCGCGGGAGAUCUUGGCGCUGGAGCUGCGCCGGGCAGCGGCGAGGGCGGCGCUGCAGAGCGCCACCAAGAGCCGCAAGGUGCAGGCGUUGCAAGCCGCCCUCCAGGAGGCGGAAGACUGCCAUCUGAACAGCCCCGAGAUCUACGAGGCCAAGCGGACCCUCGCGGAUGAGCAGUCCAAGGGUCAGGCCCGGCACGGGCUGGAGCAGGCGGUGCGCAGCCGGGACCUGACGGAGCUGCGGGCUGCCCUGCGCCAGGCGCAGGCGAGCGGCCUGGAGGAGACAGAACUGCAGAGGGCCCGCAUGGUGGAGAAGCAGGAGGAGAUCAAGCUGGAGGCCCUGCGUGCCCUAGAGCAGGCCAUAAAGAGCCGCGACAUCGAGGAGCUGAAGGCCGCCUUGCACCAGGGCCAGUCGAGCCUAGAUGUGGCGCAGAUGAAGGCGGCCAAGAAGGUGCUGGAGGAAGAGCAGACCAAGGUGGCGGCCCAGGCAGUGCUGGAGCGCGCCACCCAGCGCCGCGAGAUCACAGCGCUGAAGAAGGCCAUUGCCGACGGCCUGGCGGCGGGCCUGGAGGAUUCGCUGGAGAUGCAGAAGGCCCAGGAAACCCUGGCGGCGGAGGAGCGCAAGGUGGCCGGCAAGGAGAAGCUGACAGAGGCGGUGCAGCAGCUCAGCUUCGAGACCAUGGAGACCUUGCGCUGCGCCAUCGAGGAGGCGGAGGCCUCCGAGGUGCACCCCAUGUUGAUCACCUCGGCCAAGACCAAACUGGACGUGCUGGAGCGGCAGCGGCGCGCCCUGGCGGCGCUGCAGGACGCCCUGGACUUCGGGCAUCCCGACGUGGAGCUGUUGGCCCAGGCCAUCGCUGAGGCGGAGAGCGCGGGGCUGCAGCGGGAGGAAGACCUGGUCCGGGCACGAAAGGUGCAUGCGGAGGAGAAGCGGCGGGCGAAGGCGCGGCAGACCCUCUUCAGCGCGGUGCAGAGCCGCCAGGUGGAGGAGCUGCUGAAAGCCCUGGAGGAAGCCAAGGCCUGUGGCAUCGAGGAGGACUUGCUGGAGGAGGGCCAGGACAUCCUCGCCACGGAGGAGCGCAAGACGGCGGCCCUGCAGGGCCUGGCGUCCGCCUGCUGGAGCCGCGGCAUCCGGGAGCUGCAGUCGGCCCUGCGGGUGGCGGAGGACGCCGGGGUGCCGGAGGCGGAGAUGUUCGAGGCACGGCAGGUGCUGGGUGUGGAGGAGCGCAAGGAGGAGGCGAAGAGCGCUCUGGAGGAGGCGGCACGGAGCCGAGACGUGGAGAAGUUGCUGGAAGCGCUGGAGGAGGCGGAGGGAUGCGGAUUGGCGCCAAAGGAGCUGGAGGCGGCCCGGCGCGUGCUGGCGGAGGAGCGGCGCAAGGCCGCGGCCCUUGAGGUGCUGGAGGCGGCCAUCCGGGGCUGCGAGGAGAAGGAGCUGGAAGCGGCGAUUUGCCAGGCCGAGCAGGCCAACCUGGAUGCCACUGAGCUGGACACGGCCAAGAGCUUGCUGGAAAACGAGCGGCAGAAGACUUUGGCGCGGCAGGGACUGAAGGAGGCCUUGCAACUGCAGAGGCCCCAGCUGCUGCGGGAGGCGCUGCAGCGCGGGGCGCAGCUGGGGCUCGGCUUGGAGGAGCUGGCGCCGGCGCAGGAGGCCUUGCGAGCAGAGGAGCGGCGUGAGGCGGCGCGGGAGGCUUUGCGGGAGGCCGCCGAGGCGGCGGUGCCGAACUUGCAGCGGUUGUCGGAGGCCCUGGAGGAGGCCGCCGGCUGCGGGCUGCCGGAGCAGGAGCUGGCGCCCGCGAAGGAACGGCUGGUGGCGGCCCAGCAGAUCGCCACAGCCCGAGCGGCCCUGGCGAGUGCAGUUCGCAGCCAGAGCCCUGCCGAGCUGGCGGCGGCCCUUCAGCUUGGCAGCGCCUGCGGCCUCAGCUCGGAGGAGCUGGCGCCUGUGCAGGGUGCUUUGGCGGAGGCGCGGCUUCGGAGCGCUCGGCAGUCGCUGCAGAAGGCGAAGGCCGACAAGGACGUGGGGGCGCUCUUCCGCGCGGUGGCGGAGGCGGAGGCGGCGGGGCUGGACCCCCUGGAGUUGGAGGAGGCCAAGGAAUCCCUGGACGCCGUGGCAGGAGCUGCCACGGAGGAGGCCCAGCUGCGGCUGGGCCGGGGCUUUCUGCUGGCGCCGCACCCGGAGCUGUCCUUCGAGGUGGCGCGCCAGGCGCUGCACGCGGAGGGCUACGGAGGAUUCGACUGGAAGGUCCGCGAGAGCGUGGCCUUCAGCACUGUGGCAGUGGGCCAAGAGCUGCAGAGCGCCUUGGAGCGCGCCUGGUUCGGGAAGAAGGCGAGCAUCCUGGAGGAGCUGUGCGAAAACCUCCGGAGUUGCCAGGUGUCUGCCACCGGGAAGAUGUUCAAAGCCGAUCAGCUGGACAAGAAGGUCUUGUUCAAGCUGGGCUACGACCUGAAGUGCCAAAAGUCCUUCGACGCGCCCUGGGCUAGCUUCCCCAUCGCGCUGGCCAGCAUGCUGCUCUACACCCAGCAGGACGUGGACACGGACCGCACGAUGCUGUUCCCUGACUGCCCCUCUUCUGCUGUGGGUCCUAGGCUCUUCGCAGAGAGGAAGGAGGCCUACGACUCCUACCGCCGGCGUGUGGCCCCGCGGAAUUCCAUGGUGAGCCAAGAGGUGAGCCGUGUGGCCACCAGCGCGCUGCACGCGGCGCUCCGCGCGGGCCUGCGCCAGGCGCCAGACCCGGCGGCUGAGCAGCCGCUGCAGAAGUGGGUGAAGACCGCCUGCCUGCUGAGCUCGUGCCGGCAGACGCUGGAGGAGCCCAAGGUGCUGACGCGAAUGUUGAUGAACCUUUCGGACAGAGGCGUGCAAGAGCUGAAGAAGAAACACAAGGAGGACCUCAUGGUGUGCCCGCAGGUGCUGAGCACUUCCGCGGAGCCUUCGUGCGUGGAGAAGUACCUCUCGCUGGGCGCGGCCAACUUGGAGCACCACGCCAUCCUCACCAUCCGCAACGUCACGGAGUGCCUGGACCUGUCGGGCCUCAGCCAGUACCCAGAGGAGCGAGAGGUUCUGCUGCCCUUCCUGUCUGUGCUGAAGGUGCAGGAGGUGAGCUUCAAAUCGGGGGAGCCCAUCCGCGUGAUCUGCAGCUUCCACGGCUCCAUGCUGAGCCCGCGCCUGAAAGCCGCCUGCCUGUCGGACCUGGCCAUGGCCUCCUAUGAGCUGGUGCAGGCCCUGGAUUUCGAAGCGAGUCCGGGCACCACGCUUGAGGUUGCUAAACUACCAAGCCCAAAGUCCGGGGAGAGCGAGGUGGGUCAGUACAACAGCAAGACCUUCCAGUCCUUGCUGCAGGUCUUCGAGGCGAUCGACCGGCGAGGUGCCUGGAUGAUCAGUCAUGCUGACUACAUCUGGGCGCAGGACACGCUGGCACGGAGCUUCGGCGCCAAGCGGGUGCUGCGGAAGCUGGCGGGCUUCUUUGCCAAGAGCCAAGCGGACCUCACGCUGCAGAGGUACUUCAUGCUCACGAUGCCCGGUGCCACGGAUGCCCAGCUGGACCGAGCUUUCCGUUGGGCGGGGCGGCAGCUGCGUGCCGCCGAGCGCAGCCGCCGCACGGCCGAAAGCGCGCUGCCCGGGGCGGCGAUCGCCUCGCCCAUGUUCUCCCCAGAGUCCCCGGCGGACGGAACGGCCACUGGGUCGCCGGUGUUUGCCUGGCGGUGAGGCCGCGGGCAUGGCGGAUUCUUGGGGCGCGCGCCCGGCGCGCGCAAACCGUUUAACGCUGGGCGCUCUAGACACCUUGGCUGGUGCUUAGAGACGAGCGCGGAAGGAAGCUGCAGGCUUGGUUGCUUCAUG